CAGUAGGGUGGUAAUAUGAAUUCCGCUUAUAGAUCGAAACACUGUCCUAUUUGUUGUUUUAAAUGUGACAUGCUGAUGGGUUUUUAAUUGAAAUUAAUUUACUGUAAACUAGUUAUUGUGAAAUACAAAUUUGUCUUAGAGAGAUUUCUGUUAUUUUCACAUCUGUAGAUCAAAUUUGUUUUCUUUAACAGCUUUUCUCUUGUUCACAGAUCCAACAUGCAGAACCUGACUAAUAUUUCCAUUAAUGCAACUUCUAACAAAAGCCUUUCUGUACUCAUCAAGGUGUGUGUGGUUGGCCCCUUGUUUUGUAUCUUCUUUUUCUGUAUUGUUUUGAUACUGAACAUCUUUGCAUCUCACAGACAGUUCCUGGACACCUCCCGUUACAUCCUGUUUGCGUCCAUGCUCAUCAAUGAUACUCUGCAUGUUAUGAUCUCUGUGCUUCUCUUUCUCUUAGUCAUAGCUCAGGUUAAAUUUGCUCUUGGUCUGUGUUUUCCUCUUUUGUUCAUAUGCUCAGCCACUUUUCAGAACACUCCCUUCAUCCUGGCUACCAUGUCACUGGAGCGUUACGUUGCCAUCUUCUAUCCCCUGCAGUGUCCGGCAGCCUGGUGCUCAGAUCGGAUCUGGAUCAUUAUUCUGGUCUUGUGGUUUCUCAGCUGUACGUUUCCUGUCAUUGAGUACUCUAUAGGGCAACGUUACCCUGCUGUGAAUAUGUUUUCUACUCAUGGGCUUUGCCAUCUUCCCACUGUCAACUCCUUACCAAUUCAAACUUUGUUCAGAACUGCUGUAAAUGUACUCUCCUUUGCAGUAGUGGCCGUCAUUAUUAUCUUGACAUAUGUCAGAAUCCUCUUGGAAACUCGGAAGAUGAGACAGGACAAGGUGUCUGUGAGUAAAGCGACACACACGGUGCUGCUACAUGGCUUUCAGCUGCUGCUGUGCAUGUUGGCCUUCACUAUGCCUAUCACUGAAACCCUCAUAGUGCUUCGUGCAGAUUGGCCACCAGAAGACAUAAUAUUUUUUAACUACUUCUGUUUCGUCCUAAUCCCACGUUUCCUUAGUCCACUCAUCUAUGGCUUCAGAGACCAGAGUCUCAGGAGCUACAUUGGUAAAACAUUCAUCUGCUUCCCAAAAAAAGUAGAAUCCAGUGUCAGAUGUCAAAUACAGGAGAAUUUGUUUCCUUCCUGACUGAACAAUGAAAAUAAUGCACAAAUAGCAUACAAUGUACAG